GCCCGGAUCCACCAGCAGAUCAACAAGGAGCUGCGGAUGCGGACAGGUGCCGAGAACCUCUACAGAGCAUGUGAGCUGCACGUGUGCUUGGACCCUCUCACACACACAGCCCACCCUGUGGGCGAUGGCCCGAGGCCCAGGGACCUGGCCUGACCUGCCUGAGCUUCAACCAGUGAGCGCAGAGCCAGCCCACAGGCUCCAGGAUGGGGUUCUGCUGGGCCCUGGGGGCCCCUCCUUUUCCUUAGCAGCCCCGCCCCCCUGUCUACCCCAUCCCUGCCCUGACCUGGCCUUCCUGGGGACCUUGUGGCCCUUCUGUUGUGCACCUAGUUGCAGGCAGAGUGAAGGUGUGACCCCCACUUCUCCAGGGACAUUGGUUCCAGUCGCUGUGGAGGGUGUGCGUGCGCUUGCAUCCUGGGGGAGGGAGAGGGGGGAGAGCGCCUGUGCCCUGGAAGUCGGGGUCUGAGGAGAUGGGCCCUGGGCUGAGCCACGGUGUACACACACACAGGAAGCUGCAUGUACUGCAGGCGACUCAGAGGAGAAGGGGGAGGUCAUCGAGUGGGCUGUGGACCCCGCUGCUGCCCCCCAUGGGGGCUGACCCGUCAGCUUGUCACUCUGGGAGUGGACUCUGGAGCUCAGGCUGGGGUGCCAGGCUGCGGGGAGCCCAGGGCGCAUGGUCUGCCUGCAGGGCUAGGGCUUCACCUCAGCCCGGCCUCCCCCAGAGCUACCAGCAAUGCCCGGGUCAGGGAGACGGUGGCCCUGGAGCUGAGCUAUGUCAACUGCAACCUGCAGCUGCUGAAGGAGGAGCUGGAAGACCUCAGCAGCAGCGUGGACGCGGCCCAGCCCGAGAGUGAAGGUGUUACUGUCCCCAUGAUCCCCCUGGGGCUGAAGGAGACCAAGGAGCUGGACUGGUCCACACCCCUGAAGGAGCUGAUCUCAGGGCACUUUGGAGAGGAUGGCACCUCCUACGAGGCCGAAAUCAGGGAGCUGGAGGACCUGCGGCAGGCUAUGCGGACCCCCAGCCGGAGCAAGGCAGGCCUGGAGCUGCUCAUGGCCUACUACAACCAGCUCUGCCUCCUGGAUGCACGCUUCGCGGCCCCUGCCGGGAGCCUCGGGCUGCUCUUCCACUGGUACGACUCGCUGACGGGACUCCCAGCCCAGCAGCGGGCCCUGGCCUUCGAGAAGGGCAGCGUGCUCUUCAACAUCGGUGCCCUCCACACCCAGAUCGGGGCUCGCCAGGACCGCUCCUGCCCCGAGGGCGCCAGGCGAGCGGCAGAGGCCUUUCAGAGGGCUGCUGGGGCCUUCAGCCUUCUGAGGGAGAACUUCUCACGGGCACCAAGCCUGGACAUGAGCCCCGCCUCGCUCUCCAUGCUGGAGCAGCUCAUGGCCGCCCAGGCCCAGGAAUGCGUCUUUGAGGGCCUCUCGCUGCCGGCCCCCAUGGACCCCCACGACUGCCUAGCCCAGCUGCGCCUGGCUCAGGAGGCUGCCCAGGUGGCGGCCGAGUACGGGCUGGCGCACAGGACAAUGACCCAGCCACCCGUCCGAGACUACGUGCCCUUCCCCUGGACCACCCUGGUGCAUGUCAAGGCCGAGCACUUCCGUGCCCUGGCCCACUACCACGCGGCCAUGGCCCUCUGUGACGGCCCCCCGGCAGCCGAGGUGGAGUUCCCGGCACUCGAGCAGGUCUUCCUCGGGCUCCCAGCCUCGUCUGAGCCCCGGGGCCCCGCGCUGCCACAGGAGCAGGAGGAGCGCAGGAAGCUGGGCAAGGCCCACCUGAAGCGCGCCAUUCUGGGGCAGGAGGAGGCUCUGCGGCUGCACGCGGUGUGCCGCGCCCUGCGCAGGGUGGACCUACUGCAGGCUGUGCUGGUCCAGGCGCUGCAGUACUCGCUGGCCAAGUACUCGGAGCUCGACCGAGAGGACGACUUUUUCGAGGCCACGGAGGCCCCUGACAUCCAGCCCAAGACACAGCAGAGGCUGGAGGUCAGGGCACCCAACUUCUCCCAGGUGAAGGUGGCUGACAUCUUCCACCGGCUGGGGCCCCUGUCCGUGUUCUCUGCCAAGAACCGCUGGCGGCUAGUGGGGCCCGUCCACGUUACCCGGGGAGAGAGUGGCUUUGGUUUCACGCUGCGGGGAGACUCGCCAGUCCUCAUCGCUGCUGUCAUUCCUGGGGGCCGAGCUGCGGCAGCCGGCCUGCAGGAGGGAGACUACAUCGUGUCCGUGGAGGGGCAGCCGUGCAAGUGGUGGAAGCACGCCGAGGUGGUGGCCCGGCUGAAGGGCGCGGGCGCCGAGGGGGUGAGCCUACACGUGGUGACACUGCUGCCCAGCGCCGAGCCACCCGGCCCGGGGGACCGCCGGCCGGCCCUCGGGGGACUUCUGAGGAGCCAGAAGGAGUGUAGCUGGGAGAUGCCAGUGCCCGCACGAGCCAGCCCCAGGCCCCUCCUUGGCUGGAGCCGCAAGGCCAGGAGGGGCAAGACUGGGGGGAGACUGUCCCCAGCCCCACACCCCUGAGCCGCACGCUGCCCUCACCCUCUGGGUGCCCAGGGUGGCAGAGAGGGGCAGGCUGCCCACACAUCUGGGGCCCGGCACAGGAUCCAUCUGUCUGGGAGUGGCCCCCUCGUGCCCUCCCCCACCCAGGGACCUUCAGGCCAGUUUGCUGCCCCACCCAGUGCCCGGAGCUGCCCAUUAAAGACAGUAUCAGAAGAGGUGUGUCUCAGCCUGGUGCUGUGGGCCGGCACUGCACCCACACAUGGGAAGUGUAGCUCUGGACACUGAGUCCCAGUGCCAGGAGGCUGCCUCUGGGCUGCCCUGUCGUCACAUGCCCCAAGUGCCCACCCGAGGAGGGCAGCUUCCCAGGUGGGGGAUGGGGCCUGUCCAGCUGCUUCUCUCGGAGCCUGAAGGAGCCGCCCCGGAUUGCUGGGGCACUGUGGGUGACAUGUCGGCAGUGGGUCCCUGCAGCCGGAUCCUCCCUCUCAUGUGGCGGGCUCCCAAGGCCCCUCAGCUGGGCUGUCUCCCUCCCCCUGCCUCCCAACAUGCCAUGUCCUGUCCACAGCCUCUCUCAGGGCUGGGUCUGCCCCAAGCCAAGCUUCUGCCUGGCCACAGUCAUUCCUGCCAGGCACCACUCCGCUGGCCCGCCAGCACCCCACAGGCUGGACGAGGCUCAGCUCCCUCCCAGGCUCCAGGCCUCCUUCCUGCCCUGCCCCUGCCUCCACACAGCAGCCAGGGGACCCACAGCGCUGCCUUCUCUCUGGGCAGGGUGCCAGCCAAGGCCACCCCCUGCAACACUGUUUACUCUGCACAGAACAGGGACCCCUCCCUGCUUCUGC